AUGUUCCGCCAGUCGUUCCGCACAUACAAGCGGACAGCGUUGAGCGCGGCUGCAGCAGCGGCUGUCAUCGUGCACGAACAUGAAUUGAGCGGGAAAGAGAAGCUAUCCAUAUACCCUCACGUAGAGCCAGACAUUGUCUUGCAAGAGGUGCCCUCGGAGCUCGAACACCAGAUUGGUAAGGCACGCGAGGCGGUCACACAAACCUACUCCGAUGCGCACACAAAAGUCCAGGGUGUCGUUUCUCGCUGGAUUGGUGUUGAACAUGCUGUAGAACAACGCCUCAAGUCCCUCGUCGCCUCCGAAGAACCUCUUACGCCGGGACUACUUUACGUCGGUGUCGCCGCGCUAACCGGCUCCGUUCUCGCACGCAACAGGGGCAUCGUUUCCCGCAUCAUCCUCCCACCCGCCCUCCUGCUUCUUUCCUUCAACCACUUCCUCCCGAAGACGGCACACAACGUCGGCGCGUACGUCGGUGCGCUUGAGGAUACAUAUGCACCUGCACUCGCGGAAAAGCACGCGAUUGCGAACGCACACACGCGUAUGACGUGGGAGCAGCUUAAGGAGAAGACCGCUGAGAGCCGCGCGAGCCUUGGGCAGGGCGCUGAGAGCCUGCUAGAACGCGUGCAGGACGCGACGGGCUUAAAGGUGCGCGAGGCCCUGCGCGUGCGCACGAAUGAGGCGCAGGGCGUUGCAGAGCGCGCGCGCGAGCGGUGGGCUGAGGGCGUUCAGGUCACGGAGCGUAAGGCGCAGGAGGCUCGUGAGGCUGCCCAUGCUAAAGUCGAGGAGACACGUGACGCGGCGGCGAAGAACGUAGAGCACGCGCAGGCCAUCGUCGAGGAGAAGGUUGAGGCAGUGAAGGCGGCCGUUGAGGAAAAGGUGGAAGAUAUCAAGGCUGUUGUGGAACACAAGGGAGAACAGGCGGACGCAGCCGUAGAGCAGACGAAAGAGGAGGUCAAAGCGAUCGUCGAGGAAAAGCCGCAGCCGCCCAAGCGGCUCGUGUAA